UGUGGCAUACAACAUGUGCGCACAUUGUUGCAGCGUCGAUUUUCCCCAAGAUCGUUGCACACAACUGAAGGGCAUUGUUAGAAACUACUUUCGCAACGAUUAUCCACAGGAUUUGCAGCUGGAAAUUGAGCCCAGCGAUGUGCCGGAUGAUCACAUAAUUGCCGAUGUGCAUGCACUGAUCAACAUGUAUCCCGACAAUACCUUCAGUGGCCGCAACAUUGCGCGUAUUUUCCAUGGCAUCUCCAGUCCCAACUAUCCGGCUGUCAUGUGGGGGCGUUGUCAUUAUUGGCGUGCUCACACCAAAGUCGAUUUCAAUCGCAUUCUUAAGUUGGCCAAUAUGGAAAUUGUCAAAAGACGCACGUGAUUAUUACCUAUAUAUAUAAUAUGUCGAUAUUUUAUGUUUAUUUUUAUUCAAGUUAAAUUUUUCCCAACAUAAACUAACUUC